GAUGAUGCAUUGUUGGUAUUUUGGGAUGCAAGGUUCACAUCUCAGGAUCUGUCUACGAGAGACCCACUUGGUGCCUAUUCAGAGACACACAGUGAUGAUAUCACUCAAGUGCGUUUCCAUCCCGGCAAUCCCAACUUGGUUGUCUCAGGAUCAACUGAUGGUCUGGUAAACGUGUUUGAUCUCAGUGCUGAUAACGAAGAGGAUGCAUUGGUUGCCACCUGUAACUCCAUUUCAUCAGUGAGCUGUAUUGGUUGGUGUGGAAAAGAUUAUAAGCAAAUUUACUGCAUGACACACGAUGAAGGGUUUUGUUGGUGGGAUCUUAAUCAUCUGGAUACAGAUGAACCAAUUACGUGUUUGAACAUCCAGGAUGUGAGAGAAAAAACUGAUGUGAAAGAAGGGCAUUUGGACUAUCUGAUUGGUGGCCUGUAUCAUGAGAAGAUGGACAGACUGUUUGUUAUUGGAGGAGCCAACACNGGGAAGAUUCACUUACUGCGCUGCACCUCUGCAGGACUGACCCAUGUGACCAGCCUUCAUGGGGGCCAUGCAGCCACUGUCCGUUCUUUCUGUUGGAACCUGUCUGAGGAUUCUUUGCUGACCGGAGGAGAAGAUGCACAGCUAUUGCUGUGGAAACCUGGAGCUAUGGAGAAGACUUCCACAAAGAAAGACAGCUUGAAAAUUGCAUCCUCUGUGCUGCAGCGAGUUCGAGUCCACAGCAGCGAUUCUUACAAGAAAAGGAAACAGCAGUGACGUCAUACUGGGAAUCUGAAAAGCUCUUCUGGUUUUAAAUCAUCUUUUGCUACCUAGGGCACAUCUUUUUAAAGCUCAUCUGUAAAAGCGGGCAGUUAGCACACAGCACCCACCCUGCCCCUGACAAAUUUUGAGAAUGGUUUAAUUCAGCUUCAGACAUACUCUACAAUAUUUUUAAAGCCUCCAGUUGAGUAUAAAAAUCAGUGACUUGACAGGGGAAUUACAAGCCGCCUUUUGAAACCCAUCUGCGGAGUUAGUAAGUGUUAGGACUGAAGAAGCAGCACUGGGGAGGGAUCUUCAGGAGACAGCUGGAGAGGCAAGGAGCAGGUGCCUGGGCUAUAGGCUUUAAACUCGGCUCCUUACCUUUGAAAUGACACACUUGGUCAUACAGCAUCAGACUGUUGUUUGAAGAGCGUUAGCCUCCUCGCUAUGCUCACCUUGGGUCACUGAAAUCAAAACGUUCUAGUGAGUCUGAGCAGAAGUUUACUUUUUUAGGGAUGAAGUAUAAUAUUUUCCUAAAAUGAGAAAAAUAUAUUUGAUAAUUACUUGUAUCUNUACUUUAUUUUUUAAAUUAAUCAGGAGCAUCUGUACUUUAGUACACUAUAUUUACAUUUGGUUACCAGCCAGCACCUAGGUACUUUGCUGAUGAAAAAAGAAAUUA